CCUUUUCUGGGUCGUGCUUCUCUGCUUUGGCGAUUUAUUCAUACAUCGACUGGGAACAUACAUCUCUCUACUGCAGACUUGCACCAGAAAUACGGUAUGCUGCCCUCUAUCCCUUACAAUAAGAAUAAGCUAAGCUGUAAAAAAGGCCCAAUUGUUCGUAUAUCUCCCAAUGAGCUGUCUUUUGGCUCUGUUGAAUCCUGGAAGGCGAUAUAUGGGCACCCGACUCUUCAAAAGCCUAUGCCUACCAAAGCCGCAUUCUAUGAGGUGUUCAGUGCCGGGUUCAGAAGGCGGUGCAUCGGUAGUGAGCGAGAUCCUCACAAGCAUAGUCAAAUGCGUAAGAUGCUCUCUCCUGCAUUCUCCCAGCGAGCCCUUCUUGAGCAAGAAUCAAUCAUCGGCGGAAUUAUCGACAAGUUCAUCCAGAUUAUUGGGGAGAAGGCCGGCCCCGGGUCAAACGGCCUCAACAUGACGAAAUGGUUUGAAAUGGGCUCUUUCGAUAUCCUGGGGGAAAUGGCCUUUGGGGAAUCGUUUCACAGCUUGGAAAAUGGAAAACCGCAUUUCUGGGGAGAUCUCAUUGUGGAACACCUCUACCUGAUUACCCUUGCGGACAACCUGAGACGAAUUGGAAUUAUUGCAACCCUUUUUAAAUAUCUGGUGCCUUCGGCGCUCCUCGUGCAGAACCAAAACUCCCGUUACAGCCGGAAUCAGGUCGAGAAAUGCUUGGCUUCCACAUCAUCGCGCAAGGACUUCGUGACCUUACUGGCUCAGAAGGUCCGGGAAGGGGAAGUGGAUAAAGAGGAAAUGGCAGCUCAUGUCUCAACCUUUGCUAUUGCCGGAGGUGAAACGGUUGCAACAUUUUUGGCGGCGACAACCUGCUUUCUACUUCAACACCCUGACAAACUUGAGCGUCUCGUAUCUGAAAUCCGUGGAGCUUUUGCAUCUUACGAGGAGAUCAACGCCCAGGCCGCACAAAAUCUGCCGUAUCUGCAAGCUAUAAUCAACGAGGGUCUCCGCCUGUGCCCUCCUGGCUCUCAGGGCUCUCCCAGGGUUUCACCAGGCUUUGAAAUUCACGGCAGAUUUAUCCCCACAGGGUGCCUAACCCUGCGUUCUCAGGUGGAUAUCUACACCAGCCCUUGGACAACUGCACACGAUCCCAAAUAUUUUGCUGACCCAAUGCAUUAUCAACCUGAACGCUGGUUGAAUGCCGAUUCAACCGAUGUGAAAGAAGCAAGCCAGCCUUUCUUGAUAGGCCCCAGAGCAUGUAUUGGUCGAAGCUUUGCAUACAUGGAGAUGAAUUUAUUUCUGACUAAAAUGCUCUGGAAGUAUGACUUGGAGCUCAUGAAUAAGGAUCUCGACUGGCUGAAGGAGGGGAAGGUUCAUGUACUAUGGUGGAAACCAAAGUUGAUGGUCUGCUUUCACAAGCGGCAAGAUCUCAUAGUGUAA